AUGUUUCUGCUUCACUUCAUUUCAGACUGUAACGCAGAUAGUCGACGUAUCGAGAACGUUUGUUUACCGUCGCAUACGAUAUCAGCUGUGGCCUAUAUUGGAAAAGUGGAUUAUCUGCGACCGUCUUCAUACAUACCCUGCGGGAACGCUGGCUUACAAACUCCUGUUGCUGGUAACAAGAAGGAAUCGACGGAUGUGCGGCUGAAAGCGGAGUCAAAGCUGGCCUGCGAACGGCUAACUAACCAUAUUCAGCAAGCGAAACAAAGGACUGGAAAAGCUACGCUCUAUUUGGCACUAACUUGUCUUAUUGCUCAAUACUGUCAUCAGUUGUCUUAUGGUUCUAUACUGACCCGU